AUGGACGCUCCGAUUUUCGACGACCCAGAACUAUUCCGUCAGAGACUGUAUCUCGUCCACCAGAGCAUGUUGUUUACCAGAGAAUCCCGAAUGGCAACUCUCGAACACCUUUUCGCAGCUACCGGAUACGUCGCCGAUGUCUUGGAAACGAAUUGCAUUGCAUUCGCUUUGAUGGGUGGACUCGCCUUUCUGCUUAUGGGAGGUCACCGAGGCACAUGCAAUGUCGACAUCGCGAUCGAUUCCAACAUGAAGGACCUUCUCCCCAUCCUGGCAAUUCAGCCACGCAUAUGGUGCCCUACGUUCCCGAAAAUGGGCGUGAUGACAGUUUUCGUGGAGACUGGUGCACCCCACGAAGAAAACCUACCCAGUUUGAAAGUCAUGGUCAACUUCAUCUUUCGUGGCUCACUUGGCGCGCCCGAUGAAUUGGAGUUAUCAUCUGGACGUUUCGCGGUCGUCCGUUUCCCAGGGCAAAGGAAUUUUCCGAUCUUGGAUCUGGCAAAUAUAAUGGCGAGCAAGCUGGCAGCCUUCUUUGCCAACGGGGAUGAGAAAGAUUUUCAAGAUCUUCGCUUCCUCAUCGUGAAAUUCGGCGAGAGUGUGCAGCAGAUACAGAUGCUGCUGAACAAGACCCAUUGCAGAGCCUUCCUCCGCCGAUGUGCCAUAGUCUGGGUUCCUAAUGGAUCCGAGCCUCAUAGCGAAUUGAAGAGAAUCCUUGGGCUAUGA